GAGAUACUCGGCCGCCUCAAGGCUGCCGAGCUCGCGGGCGUCGACGUCCGCGCUCUGGACCAGACGUUCGGCUUUUUCCAGUGCGCCGACAGCGGGUCGGACGAGGUGUGCGCCUCCAAGAUUCUGUCCACCCUGAUGUAUCCUCAGGGCAG